AUGUACAGUGUUUUGAUAGAGAAAUUAUAAUAUUUCACAUAGAAAGGAUAAAGCUUUGCUAAAUAUCAGAUGAAUGAAUCAGAGAUUAUAUCAUCCCUGUAUUUGUAUGCUAAUCUAUAGGAAAGUAUAUCGUUAUAUUCUGAUUUAAUUUAGUUGAUUGUGUAAACCUUUUUUGAAGAUAUGAUUUAUGAUGAAAAUAAUUUCCUUAAAUAACUUUUGGUUGCCCUUUUCACAAUAAUCUUUUUAUUCUGGGUAUAGAUCAUAUAUUUUCAUCAAAUAUUCAAUUAUUUUAAGAAGAUAAUAUACUUAAAUUGUAGACUUUUAGAAAAGGAUGUUCAUCUAAUAGUGUAGAGGCUUUAAUUAAUAAGAGAGAUCUUAAUUGAACAUACGGUUACAAGUUGGAAAAAAGCAGAUUACGUUCAUUUGAUGUUUCAAUAGAUUAAAUCUGAUCAAAUGCAAAUACAAUCCAAAAUUAGUAAACAUACACUUCUAUGUUCCAGAAUUGCUUAAAGUAGAUUUUCUCUACUUUCCAUACUCUUUAUGAUUAUAUCUGUUCAAGUAUUCAUAAUAAGUUUCUGUCUUGGUGGAUACUAUUUUAAUUAAAUAUAGUAAACAUAAUUAAGUCCUUAAUAUGAAUUGAUGUCUGAAUUCUUUUAAUUUUCAGUCACAAUGGAUUCUAUGGUUACUCAAUCAGUUAGAGUGAAAUGUCAAAGACUCUAUAUGCAGAAUAAUAAAAUUAAUGAAUCAAUAACAGUUUAAAAAAAUUUGGUUAACUAAAAACUUAUAGCUAUUAGAACUACUAAUUUAAGAUUUUACUCUAUUUUAUAUUAAAACUUUAUAGAAUCGGAGGAACAAAUACUUAAGGGAUUGGUUAAUGAUGAUUCUGUUGAUAGAUAAAAUAAUUCAACUUUGUAUCAGCUGUUCUUUACUGAUCUUUGCCCAAUAGUGUGUCCAAAUUCUACCAAUUAGAAAGAUUAGAAUAAAUAUUAUGUAAGUGAAGGCAUCUCUGGGAUAUAUUCAAGUCUUAGUAAAUUUAUUAAAAGUACUUUCAAUUAUGAAUUGGAAAAUCUGAAAUAAGAUCCAGAUGUCAAAGCUUAAAUAAGCUUAGUAAAUUCCCAUGAAUUUAUUGUAUUGAUUUCAAGGCAUUUUCUAAAUACUAAAAAAGCAUUCAUAAAAUUCUAAGAGGAAAUACUUGCUAAAACUUACUAAGUUAUCAAUCAAAAUGAUAAAGAAAUUUAAGCUUAUUUUGCAUGUGCUUUAAUUCUAGAAAUCAUAAUUGCAGGAUGUGCAUUUAUAUAUUGUAUAAAAAUGAAACAAAAACAAAUAUAACUAAUGAGAUUGUCUUUAAGUAAUAUUCCAAUAGAUCUAUUGGAUUAACAAUCAAUCAGCAUUCUUAAAACAUUAUGA